AUGGCGAAACGUGACAACCUGACAGUGUGGCUCCCGAAAGAAAUGUACGGCUCUGUCGAGCCCUUCGCCGACGACCGAUUCAUAUGGUGCCCGAUGCCCUUCGACAACUCACUACCAGUAGAGCAAGCGUCAUUCAUCGACAUGGGAGGAGAUGACGACGACGACAACACCAGCCAACCCGCACAACAAGCGAACAAGUUCAACCCGCCAGCAGACUAUGAACUUCCCGCUCCGCCACCUGUGGCCGUGCUCACGGGGCCGACGGACCUGUCUACGUCAGAUACCGAGUCCGACCGAGAGUUUCCCCUGAGAAGUAUUCGUCGAAAUCUCGGCCGGGGGAUGCAGAGACACCGGAGGACGCGGCCGGGCCGGCAGCAGCAGCAGCAGCAGCAGAAGCAUGCUGGGUCCGAGAGCCGGGGGUUUUCUGUACACCUAGGCCUGAACCUCGAUAUUGAAGUCAGUUUGAAAGCGAGGAUAUUUGGUGACUUGGAGAUAAGCGCUUUGUGA